GAUGGCAGCGGACACCGAGCGGGCUUGAGCGCUCGGACCUGCUCCCUCCCCGGCGCGACCUCGGGCCCGACCCCGCGCUGCGGCCCCGGCUCGCUCCGAUCCUGCUCCCUCCGCUACCGCUGCCUGGGCGGAGGCCGGUGGCGGAGGCCCGGGCUGGCCGUCCUGUUCGCGCCCCGGCUCGGCCCCGGACAGCCCGACACCUGUGCAAAAAAGAGGAGGCCGAGUCGGUAGUGAAAAGAGAAUCCUGAAGAAUAGGAUCUCAAGAUGAGUAAAAAGCCCCCAAAUCGUCCUGGAAUCACUUUUGAGAUCGGUGCUCGUUUGGAGGCACUGGACUACUUACAAAAAUGGUAUCCCUCACGAAUUGAAAAAAUUGACUAUGAAGAGGGCAAGAUGUUGGUCCAUUUUGAGCGCUGGAGUCAUCGUUAUGAUGAGUGGAUUUACUGGGAUAGCAAUAGGCUGCGCCCCCUUGAGAGACCUGCAUUAAGAAAAGAAGGGCUAAAAGAUGAGGAAGAUUUCUUUGAUUUUAAAGCCGGAGAAGAAGUUCUGGCUCGUUGGACAGACUGUCGCUAUUACCCUGCCAAGAUUGAGGCGAUUAACAAAGAAGGAACGUUCACAGUUCAAUUUUAUGAUGGAGUAAUUCGUUGUUUAAAACGAAUGCACAUUAAAGCCAUGCCCGAGGAUGCUAAGGGGCAGUUUCUGUUCCAGGUGAAAGCCCAGCAUCCACUAAGCUGGUGUUGUCCUAGCGACCCAGCUGGAUCGUGUAACCAGUCUAUGGGAAGUGAGGAUUGGAUAGCUUUAGUCAAAGCAGCUGCUGCAGCUGCAGCCAAGAAUAAAACAGGGAACAAACCUCGAACCAGCGCUAACAGCAAUAAAGAUAAAGAGAAAGAUGAGAGAAAAUGGUUUAAAGUACCUUCAAAAAAGGAAGAAACUUCAACUUCUAUAACCACACCAGAAGUUGAGAAGAAGGAAGAUCUGCCUACAUCUAGUGAAACUUUUGUAGGACUUCAUGUAGAGAACGUUCCAAAGAUGGUCUUUCCACAGCCAGAGAGCACAUUAACAAACAAGAGGAAAAAUAAUCAAGGCAACUCAUUUCAGGCAAAGAGAGCUCGGCUUAACAAGAUUACUGGUUUGUUGGCAUCCAAAGCUGUUGGGGUGGAUGGUGCUGAAAAAAAGGAAGACUACAAUGAAACGGCUCCAAUGCUGGAGCAGGCGAUUUCACCUAAACCUCAAAGUCAGAAAAAAAAUGAAGCUGACAUUAGCAGUUCUGCCAACACUCAGAAACCUGCACUGUUAUCCUCAACUUUGUCUUCAGGGAAGGCUCGCAGCAAGAAAUGCAAACAUGAAUCUGGAGAUUCUUCUGGGUGUAUAAAACCCCCUAAAUCACCACUUUCCCCAGAAUUAAUACAAGUCGAGGAUUUGACGCUUGUAUCUCAGCUUUCUUCUUCAAUGAUAAAUAAAACUAGUCCUCCACAGCCUGUGAACCCCCCUAGACCUUUCAAGCAUAGUGAGCGGAGAAGAAGAUCGCAGCGUUUAGCCACCUUGCCCAUGCCUGAUGAUUCUGUAGAAAAGGUUUCUCCUCCCUCUCCAGCCACUGAUGGGAAAGUAUUCUCCAUCAGUUCUCAAAAUCAGCAAGAGUCUUCAGGACCAGAGGUACCUGACGUUGCACAUUUGUCACUGGGACCCUGUCUCCCUCUUGACUUAAGUCGUGGUUCGGAAGUCACAACACCGCUAGCCCCAGAUCCCUCUUACCAUAAUGAAUGCCUCAGAGCAGAAAAGGAAGAUACACAGAUGCUUACAAAUCUUUCUUCCAAAGCAGUGACUGAUGUAAGAGGAGCUCCAGCAGCCUCAGGAAUAUCGAAAACGGAAAAAAAAGUGAAAUUGGAAGAAAAAAGCUCAACUGCAUUUGGUAAGAGAAAAGAAAAGGAUAAAGAAAGAAAGGAGAAGAGGGACAAAGAUCACUACAAACCGAAGCAGAAGAAGAAGAAGAAGAAGAAGAAGAAAUCUAAGCAGCAUGACUAUUCAGACUAUGAAGACAGUUCCCUAGAAUUUUUGGAAAGGUGCUCUUCUCCACUAACUCGAUCUUCUGGGAGUUCUCUGGCUCUGCGAAGCAUGUUUACGGAGAAAAAUACAACAUAUCAGUACCCAAGGGCAAUCUUGUCAGUUGAUCUUAGUGGUGAAAACUUAUCAGACAUGGAAUUCCUUGACGAUUCUUCCACGGAGAGUUUGCUCCUCAGUGGGGAUGAGUACAAUCAGGACUUUGAUUCAACGAAUUUCGAAGAAUCUCAGGAUGAAGAUGAUGCCCUUAAUGAAAUUGUGCGAUGCAUCUGUGAGCUGGACGAGGAGAAUGGCUUCAUGAUUCAGUGUGAAGAGUGCCUGUGCUGGCAGCACAGCGUGUGCAUGGGGCUGCUGGAGGAGAGCAUCCCGGAGCAGUACCUCUGCUACAUCUGCCGGGACCCCCCGGGUCAGAGAUGGAGUGCAAAGUAUCGCUACGAUAAGGAUUGGUUGAAUAAUGGGAGAAUGUGUGGGUUAUCAUUUUUAAAAGAAAAUUACUCUCACCUCAAUGCCAAAAAGAUAGUUUCCACACACCAUUUGCUUGCUGACGUCUGUGGUGUUACAGAAGUCCUGCACGGGUUACAGCUGAAGAUCGGAAUACUCAAGAAUAAGCAUCAUCCCGACCUUCGUCUCUGGGCUUGUUCCGGGAAGAGGAAAGAUCAAGAUCAAGUGGUUGCUGGGGUGGAGAAAAAAAUAACAGCGCAAAACACAGUUAAUGUGGAAGAAAAGAAGUAUCACGUUCAGAACCACAAAGAACCACCUCGUUUGCCCCUAAAAAUGGAAGGAACUUAUAUAACAAGUGAGCACAGCUACCAAAAGCCACAAAGUUUUGGCCCAGACUGCAAAUCUCUCGCAGACCCUGGGAGCUCAGAUGAUGAUGAUAUUAGUAGUUUUGAAGAAGAACAAGAAUAUCACACGAGAGAUAAAAACCGUUUACGAUAUCCAGUAAAAGAAGAUGGAAGGCCCGGAAAGAAGAAUCCAGCUGAAAGGAAUACAGUAUUUGUUUAUAAUGAUAAAAAGAGCACUGAAGACCCGGGAGACUCGCAUCUUCAGUGGCAGCUCAAUCUCCUUACGCACAUAGAGAACGUGCAGAAAGAAGUCACCAGCAGGAUGGACCUCAUAGAAAAGGAAGUUGACGUUCUGGAAAGCUGGCUUGAUUUCACAGGGGAGUUGGAGCCACCCGAUCCUCUCGCAAGGCUGCCCCAGCUUAAGCGCCACAUCAAACAGCUCCUAGCUGACAUGGGCAAAGUACAGCAGAUAGCCACUCUCUGCUCCGUGUGACGGCAGCGAACACCUGAUGCAGAGAAUGGGGCUCUGUUCAGUCGACUGGCUUUUGUUAUCCACAUGGCUGCUACGUGGAUAGUUAAAAAGCCUAGUGAUGUUUGAUCAUUCACUGAUUUGUGACAUCAAUAGGAUGGCACCUUGGAAAGGAAAGUGAAGAACAACUGUAUCAGGGAAGCUAAUAUUAAAAAACAUUCAUGAGCUAGAUACAAAUGAUAAUGUGCCAUAUGCCCAGGAUCAGUGGAGGUAGACUAGAAUCUAUGCUGAGGGAAUCAGAUUGGCAGGAUUUUUGAGUAAGUUGCUAAUGUGAAACACGAGAUACCUGUAGGAAGAAAUAUGGUGCAUUCAUAUAGUUCUCAGUAGAAAGAUCUAUGUUUAUAAACCAGCAUUUGGCCAAAACCCAAAUUGUAGAGGAGAUUUAAAUUGUGGAGAGUUCUGUAAGGUUGUUGUAAGAGCUGACUUCUCUGCAGUUGAUCCAGCUGCACUGAAGUCCAGAGUAUUUAAACUUUUAUGGGAUCGUGAACUGUCUCUUAGGUGAUGAAUGUCCUUAACCAGAAAACUGACAGAAGUCUCGCUUCUGAGGAAAACAGUUGUGGCAUCCUUACUUCAUUAUGAAUAGAUGUUAAAAACAGUGAAAUAAUUGGAAUCUCUUGCUGGUGUUGUAAGCUCAUUGUAAAAACAGAGUGGCUUGCAGAACUGUCAGUGUGCCAAAUAACGAUGCUGCUGGAAAGAGAGGUUUAAAUACUGUGGGGGUUCUUUCACCCAAGUCUUACACAAUGCCAUCAGUCCAUCAGAGAUGCGUCUAUCCCCUAUGCUAUAUAUAGAAGAUAUAUAGUCAGAGUUCAGCAUUCAGGUUUCAGCGUGCAGUUUGACCCUGAGUGUGCUUGAUAUAUGCCUUCAGAAAAAAAAAAAAAUGUAAAUAACCUCAGCUGGGAUGAGGAGUGACAAAAAUAACAAAAUAAUUUGUGGCUGUGGAUUUUUUUUUUUUUUUUAAACUGCUGGUAGUGGAAUACUGGAAAAGCUUCAUUUCUGAAGAUGAAUUUUAUUUUUAAAACAUACAUAAGGCACUCAAAACUUGUAGCUUUGAUCACAAAUGGACAGAUUUCUGAAACCAAAGGCAACUAAGUUGCUGCGUUAGCUCUUGCUGGAACUCGGCCGGCCUCCGUCUGCCAGUGCUCUUGCGAGCCAUGCGCCGCCCUCAUGCUCGGGCAGGUGUGUGUUCCGUGUGUAUGCGCGUUUGAAACAAACACUCGGCGUACAUGUGUACAUAAUCGACACAUAUUUAUAUCUACACAUAUCUAGUUUUAUUACUAUAGUCUAUAAGAGUUGGUGGUUAACAUGAAAUGUUACCUUUUAACAGACUGUUUUUAAAAAAUUAAAAAUGUUAUGUAUAGGUUUUAAAACUUUUUUAAAAAGGGGGGAGAAAAGACUGUUAAGAGGAGGCUAUUUGAUGACAUGUUAACACUUGAAUAUUUUAUGCCUCAUCCUGUUUAUCAGUUCUAGCAGUCUGUAUAAAUGCAUUUUAGAACUGAUAGACAGUCAACUUGAAUUUAUCUUUGAUAAGAAUACAUGCCACUGUACAUUCAGAUAUUAUUUAAAACUGCAAACACACUGUUCUAUAUGUAAGGUACUGUAUGUAAAACUCUUUAUUAAAACAAUUCCACAUAUCAUAAAAUUUCAGCUUGCCUUUUUGCGGCCUUAUAUUUUGAUGUAAAGAUGAUUAAAAGAAUGUGCAAAGCAGUAAUUAGAAAUUUUUAUUGCCUUUUGUGAUUCUCCAACUUGACACAUGUGCCAAAGAUCACAGAGAUAAAAUACAGCCCUAUGUAUUUACUUAUGAUGCAUUAACGUUGUCAGAAGUCUUACUGAGAAAUGAAAAGCUUUAGUAGAAGAGAUACAAGGUAGUUAUUAAAUUUGAAUAUUAAAAGUAAAAAAAGAUAGUGCCUGUAUUUCAUGUGUGGAGUAAACUUUCUAAUGUCUCUUUUUCAAGGUUGAUACUUUAUCUUUUCAUUUGUGUUUUAAAAUAAUGACCCUAACCUUUUCCCUAUUAUGGUUAAAUUCUAGACAUUUAUCUGUUUUUCAGAAUGGAGCAAAUAGCAAUCUUAACAGGCUGUGAAUAGCAGUGUUGCCCAGAUUCUUGUCACAUGCUCGGGGGACCUUUUGUGCCCAAUAACACUCAUAUUCUCAGCCCCUGAUGACCACAGUUAAAUUAAUGUGCAUUUUUUCUUGCAACAUCUUAAAAUUAGAUCACUUUGAUAGCUAGCUGACUAGAAGUUUCAUUAGUAAUUAGAAUAUUAAAUUCUUGCUCUGCCUUAAUGCAUAUGAAUUGGGAGUCUGAAGUUUUUGAUUUAUGUUUUUAAAGUAAAUCUGUAUUGAAUUACUUGUACGCACAUCUCCAUUUAUUAGUAAUACAGAGGGUAUCAACAAUUGGUUGAAGCCUUUUAGCAACUAUAGGCUGCUGACUCAUUCCGUAUUUAGGUGAGUGAAUUUGUUUUUGAGAAGUCAGUCCAUUGUGAGAGGUUUCGAGGAGUUGGUUUUCUUUCCACAAGUCUGUCUUUAAAAAAAUGUGAGUAUAUAUAUAUAUCUAAAUACAAGCAGUAAACUAGGGAGGGUGUUUCUUGAAAAGGUAACUUUUCAUUGCCACCCAGACAGAGUAGACAGACAUUGUAGGGAGAGAUCGUUCUUAGUAUGCUGCUGAUACGUGCAAUUUGUACUUCUUCAUACUCGCUGUGUGGUUCUGCUGACUUUCAAACUUAGAGUAGUGUACACUUUCCUUAAAGGAAAUUGAUUAUUCUCAUUAUUUAAGGUGAAAUCCUUUUUCCCACAUUCACCUUAUUUCCACUGGCUUACAUCCUCUCAGAUGCUGUAUUUUCAAGAUGAAGAACCCCAUUUCCCCUCCAGCCAACAGGAUUUUCUGCCAGCCUCACUCUCUCUGCUAUCACGUCUUCUAAGAGCAGUGGGUGGAAACUCACAGCCUCCUCCCCCACCCCGCCCCAGCUCAUUCCUUCACUGGUUGUGCUGGUUCCUCAAAGUGCAUAGUGUCAUCUUCCUUCUGAAUCCCACUUAGCAGGACACCAUUUUUAUAAAAUCACAUGACGGUAAUACUAUGGGUUUCUGAAAUUUUAAUUUUCAUUCUGAUUGAUGAGAAUGAUGACUGUCAGCCUAGAGGAUUAGCACUGAAUAAUCGCUCUGGGCCAGGUAUUGUGCGUGUUAGCUGUAGCAUCUGAUUAGUUCUUUUGUGGAGAGGCGGAACAGGAUCAUUUUCAAGCUGAGGAGGAGGAGGACGGAAAGCUGAGGGUUAGAAACAUUUAGAGACUUGUCAGGUUCAAGAUGCAAACCCAGUUUUGUUCCAGCUUGUGUUCGCCUCGCAGGUGUGUUUCACAUAUUCUUGUCAUUUCUUUUCUGAAAUCCUUAGUGACUCCCUAUUUCAAACCAAGUUCAAUCUGUGUAAUCUGGAUUUUUUGUACUUUGCCUAAUCAGUUCUCAAAUUCAUUUAAGUGUGUAGCCUCACAAUUUCCAUAGAUGGCUUCAAUCUUUUGCCUUCAUAUUAUUUUCCUCUUCUGGAAAAUUCUUCUUGUUUGUUGUGUCUCUUCAAAUGCAAAUAGUUCUUCAGGCUUCAAUUUCUCUUCCUAAGAGAAGCAGUCCAUCGCUGGGGAUGUCUUAAUAGUGUCCUUCAUUGUACCAAGCUGUGGAGGAACCAUGUCAGUGGAUAAUAUAUUUCUGUGGUGGAACAGGCAGGAGCUUUGUAGUUCUCAGAUUUUUUGCUCUGGCCGUUUAUUAGCAAUGACCUUUCUGACCUUUGGUUUUCUUAUGUGUUAAAAGGAAUAAUAUCUAGCCUAGAACCUGGUUUUUGAGGGUUUAAUGAAGCAAAUACAGUAAAUAGUAAAGUUGAAAGUUAAAUAUGGUAGACACAUUGAAUGUCAUCUGUUUGCCAGCCAUUAAGUUAUAUGGUUGAAUAUUAAUGUUAAUAGAAUCACAGUCUAUAUGGCCUAAUGGAAACAUUAAAAAAAAUAUUUUUUCAACAAGGUAAGUGAUGUCAGAGAGUACAAAGAACCAUGGAGGCAAAAGAAAGAAAAGAUCAGUAGACUUGCAGGUGGAGAGGUUUGGGGGAAAUAGAAUCUAUAAGUUAAUUAAAACAGGGUGUGUGUGCUCAGUCACUUAGUUGUGUCUUGACUCUUUGCAGCCCCAUGGGCUGUAAGGCUCCUUUGUCCAUGGAAUUCUCCAGGCAAAAAUACUGAAGGGAUUUGCCAUUUUCUACUCCCAGGGAUCUUCCCAACUUAGGGAUCAAACCCACAUCUCUUGCUUCUCCUGCAUUGGCAGGCAGAUUCUUUAACGCCACCUGGGAAACCUUCAAUUAAAACAGUCGUUUUUGAAUGUUUUUUGACUGUGACCUCUCCAUAGGAAUUUUGAAAAAUUGUCAUGUUUCUGAUACCUGUUGUCUUUGGGUAACCUGAAAGUAGAUCCAGAGACAAGACUGGAGUGUACUUAGUCAGCUAAGGAAUUGUACUUUAAACAGUUGCAGAGUGUGGUUUCUAAUUUGUAAAUAUUGGGCAAUUAAGAUCAACCUCUUAUCAAUGUUGGAAUAGAAUCAAUACUGUUUUGUUAGUUACCAACAUCUGUUUUAAAAGUACACAAGCAAGCUCUUCUUUAACAUUUGGAAAAUUUUCAGUUUUUAUAUUCUAUUUUUUGCCUUUGUAUUUUACUUCUUAAUAGAAUGUUGUCUUCUUUUAUACUUACAAGUCUUUAUCAUACUUUUGUCCAUACACACAGAAUUGCAAUUUAAAAUUGUAUUUAUAGACUUCUUAGAGUAUCAAAGUACUUGGUGAACUAAUCACUAAUAUCACUGAAUAUAAAAUAGAGAAAUCUACAAUUAUAGUUGAAGAUUUCAGCCCUCCUUUAACACUAAUUGAUGGAACAAGUAGUCAGAAUAUCAGGACAGGAGACUGGAACAAAAAUGAAUACUCAACCUAAUUGACGUUUAGAGGACGUUCCAUCCAACAACAUGAGAAUAUGAAUUUCCUUUUUAAUACACAUGGAACAUGCAAAGAGAUGGACUACAUGCUAGGCUAUAAAAUAGGUCUCAAUUCGUUUAAAAUUGAAAUGUAUAACAUGUUCUCCAACAAUAAUGAAAUUAAACUGGAAACUGGUAUUAGAUACCUGAAAAAACUCCAAAGUGUUAGGAAAUUACCAACAUACUUGUAAACAAUCCAUGACUCAAAAAAGUUAUGUUAAAUUAGAAAAUGACUGAAUGAAAAGGAAAACAUAUAAUGUUAAAAUUUGUGGGAUGCAGCUUGACAUUAGAGGGAAAUUUACCAUUUUAAAUGAUUAUAAUAAAAAGCAAGGUACAGAUUUUAACUAAACUUACUGUGGUGAUCAUUUUGCAAUAUAUGCAAAUUUUGAAUCGUACUCUUUAAACUAAUAUCAAUUAUACCUCAGUUUUUUAAAAAGCUAGAAAUUUUAGGUAAGGUACAAAAUCAUUGGUUUAAGAUUUAAAAAAUGAGAAAGCAGUUUAAAACCAAAAUAAAUGGAAAUAAAUGUGUGAAAUCUAUGAAGUAUCAAAUGGACACACAAAAGGGAAGUAUCAAUAUAAACAAAAAAGCUGAUUCUUUGCAUGGAAAAUAAAACCAGUUGACUCCUACAUAGACUGAAAAUUAGAAUGGAAGAGGGAACAUUACAACAUAUCAAACAUACAAUUUUUUAAAAGGGAUAUAGUGAAAAAAACACUAAUAAAUUUAACAGCUUACAAUGAAACAAAAAAUUCCUCAAAGAUACAAGUUAGCAAAUAGACUUAAAUACAUUGAAUUUGUAAUUGAAAAUGUUCCUUCAAAAUUCCAGGCCUAAAUGUGAAUUAUAUCAAACAUUUAAGGAAUAAUUCUUGAUUUUACACAAGCACUGAAAAAAUAAGAAAGAAACACGUAUUUUUCGAGACCAACUUUAACCUCAUGCCAGAACCAGAAAAAAACACUACAAGGAAAGAAAAUUAUAGAGUAACACAUGUCUAGAAUAUAGACACAGUCCUCAACAAAAUAAUUACAUGAAUACAAUGAUAUACAGGAACUAUAAUAUAUCAAGUUGGGUAUUCCACAGGAAUACAGAGGUGGUUUAAAGUCAAUGAAUUAUGUUAAUUGACUAAGAUAAGGGUUUUCAUAAAUUUCAGUGUCCAUUCAUGAUCAAAAACUACUAGAACAAGAAUUUGCAUAACAAUAUAGAGCAUCUGUCAGGAGACAAACCUCAUAAUGGUAAAGGAAUACUUUCUGUAAGGAACAGAGCCAGAAUAUCCACCCUCACUGUUAUCCAACAUUAAUGUAUAGGUCCUGCUAGUGCAAUAGGGCACUGGGCAAUAAAGGAGAAAAAAUAAAAGGCAUAGUACUUAGGAAGAAAAAACAUUUGCAGGUGACAUGUACUUGGAAAAGCGUAAGGAACCUACCAAAAAUGCCGCUAGAAUUAAGAUUUCUUUACAUUAGCAAGGUGCUGUUGGAGAUUAGGAUUUUCUUAAAUGCAAUUUUUGAUGGCAUCAAAGAAAAAACUUGACAGUGAAUCUGAGAAGAUAUGCAGAACCUGUGCACAGAGAACUACAAAACAAUGCCUAGAAUAAAGAUGGGGUAAAUAGAAAUACUAAGAACAUGGAUUGGAAGACACCAUACUGUUAAAAUGUCAGUUCUCCCAAGACAGAUUAAUAGAAUGCAAUCCCAUGUGAAAUCCCAGCAGACUUUUUGAAGCAGAAAUUAGCAAACUGAUUCAAAUUUUAUAUGGAAAUGUGAAGGAACGAGAAUACCCUGAGAAAUUUUGAAAGAGAAGAACUCAAGUUGAAGGGCAUGCAGUUUCUGAUUUGGAGGUUAUUAAGCUGAAGUGGCCAGGACAGUGUAGAUGUAGCGUAAAGACAGAGAUGUAGGUUGGUAGUACGGAAGAGGGAACCUCGAAACAGACCUGAAAAUACGGCCAACCGAAUGAAGGAUGCGCAGCCUUCCUCGUCAGCGUUUGGUGUUUGCCAAUGUUUUGCAUGUUAGCUAGUUUGAUAGGUGUGCAGUGACACUUCAUUUUUAUUUGCAUGUGGGUGUCCAGUUGUUCCAGUGCCCUUUGUUGAAAAUAAUAUUUUCCCUUUGAAUUACCUAUGUCCUUUUGUCAAAAAUCAAUUGACCAUAAUUACAUAGGUUUAUGGCCACACUGUAUUCUCUUCUCAUUGAUCUAGAUGUCUGUCCUUAGUCAAAUGUCAUACUAUCUUGAUUACUGUAGCUUUAAGGUUUAGAAUCAAUUAGGUGUAAUUCCUUUAAUUAUGUUCUUUUUUCUUGCCUGUUUUUUGCCAAAAUCUAGUGGGGAUUUUUUUUGGUUUUUUUUUUUUUUUUGCAUUCCUAUAAAAGUUCUAGGAUCAGGUUUGUUCAGUUCAGUCACUCAGUCGUGUCUGCCUCUUUGCAACCCCUUGGACUGGAGCACGCCAGGCCUCCCUGUCCAUCACCAACUCCUGGAGCUUGCUCAGACUCAUGUCCAUCAAGUCAGUGAUGCCAUCCAACCAUCUCAUCCUCUGUCAUCCCCUUCUCAGAUUUGUUACUUUCUUUUAAAAGCCUGCUGGGCUUUUGACAGGAAUUGCACUGAAUCUACAGAUAAGUUACCAUCUUAACACUAUUGAGUCUUUUGAUCAAGAGCAUGGUGUGUUUCUCCAUUUGUUUAGCAUUUCUCUAUAUUUUUUUCCCUAGCAAUAUUUUGUAGUUUUCAGUGUUCAGAUUUUGCACUUAUUUUGUUAAAUUUGUUUCUGAGUAUCUUAUUCUUUCUGAUGAUAUUGUAAAUGGAAUUGUUUUCUCAAUUUUGUUUUCAGAUGUUUAAUUACUAGAAUAUAAAUAAAAUUGAUUUUUAAAAAAUA